AUGAGCCUCAAUUUGAACGGGUUUCCCAAUAAGGAGCUCCUGUCCGACCAUGCCGUAUUUGAAAGACUGGAGAAUCUUGUAGAGCCACUUGUUGCUUCGCUGGAGAGUCGCUCGCUUGUGCCACCUUCUACGUCAUCACCACUGACGGCGCAGCAACUCGCCCACUUUGUGUACCAACUGGACACGUUUCAAGAACGCACGCUGGGUUUUGGCGCUAAACGGCCUGCGAAUCCUGAAGCAGCGGACGUUCAUGCACGCCACCCACCGCGGUUGCCUGCGCAUACACUGCAAACGUACAAGUCGUAUACCGACUUCUCGCCUCUCACGACAGACGCGCCAUUGUAUGCCGUGCUUGUAUCAUGUUUCACGUUCUUGGCAGAGCGCAAGCAAACGUCAUGGGACUUCGAAGACGAGUCUAACCGCACGCUCUACAUUGAAAUGAUUGCGCGUGUGCGUAUGGAUCUACGUACCAAAGGUGUCUUGCCCACCUUCCGUAUUGCUGCCGCGGCGGAUGUGACGCAGGCUGAAAAGGCGCACCUGCAGUCCCUGGCGACGCAGAUGGAGUGUGAGUGGACAGACGAUACAGAGAAGGCUACGCAUGUGCUUUAUCCAUCACCUGCUGAUGCUGCCGGCGAGCCUGUGGAUGGUGCCAAACCACCGGAGUCUGAGUAUUUCCGCACGUUGGCACACCACAACAAGAAGGUGCUGAUCCAUGUUUGGUACCGCCCUGAUUCGUACGAUACAUGGCUGCCAGAUCGCGACUUUUCUGAGCAGGAACUGGAGCCAGAGCCUGCGCCACGGACGACAGCCUGGCAUAUCGGCACACGCUGGCUGCGUGAUACCAGCUUGUACAAUGAGCUGAUGAACGAAGAGGACUAUGAGCUGGAAGACGAAUCGGACGACGCGAAUGCCGGUCCUGCGGCAGCCACGGAAGCCGAGGCACGUCGGACGAAGAAGCACAAUUUGCCCGAGUCCAUUAGCGACGAUUCAGCCUCGAAGCGAAUCAAGCUGCUGGUCGGCAGUAAGCCGGUGGGUGCCCAGAGCAUUGAUUUGUCUGGCACCCAGCCGAUCCCCGGUAAGAAGUACGAAAGCGAGCCUAUUGCUGGCGGGACCAUGGGCAACUUGCCUAGCAUCGAUGCGGGUCAGGCAGCUACAGACGGCACCGAUCUGCCUGUGCGUGCUGCCACCGCGGCUGACACAUCGGUCUCGGAGGCGGCUGAACAAGAAGAUGCUAUGCAGACGGCGCGCAAAUACCUCGCUGAGCAGACGCAAGAGGUGAUCAUUCCCUCGUACUCAACAUGGUUCGAUAUGUCGACCAUCAAUGCGAUUGAGAAGCGCUCCCUUCCUGAAUUCUUCAACAACAAGAACCGCAGUAAGACCCCGACUGUGUACAAAGAAUACCGCGACUUUAUGAUCAAUACCUACCGUCUGAAUCCCAGUGAAUACUUGACCUUCACAGCCUGCCGCCGAAACUUGGCGGGUGAUGUGUGUGCGAUUAUGCGUGUGCACGCCUUCUUGGAGCAAUGGGGUCUGAUCAACUACCAGAUCGACCCGGAAACGCGGCCGGCCGCGUUGGGCCCGCCGUUCACGGGCCAUUUCCGUGUGAUGAUCGAUACGCCGCGGGGCAUUGCGCCCCUGCACCCUGGCACGCGGCCGGAUGGACCGACGCCCAAGGCAGAGACCUCUACUACCAGCACGGUCCCCAGCGAUGGCGUCUCGUUGGAAAUGCGGCGGUCUAUCUUCCAGUCCACCCUUAAAGGCUCGCGACCUGUGGACCACGCACAAGCGGAAUCCCUGGCAGCGGAAGCGGCCAAGGAGCUGGAUGCCAAGCCCAAAGCCGAGUCUUCGUAUGCCUGUGAUACGUGUGGCGUAGACUGCUCAUCGUCACGCUACCAGAGCAUCCGUGUGAAAGACUUUGCACUGUGCCCGCCGUGUUACUUGGAAGGCCGCUUUCCUUCGUCGAUGUACUCGGGCGACUUUGUGCGCCUCGACGAGUCGGCGUUUAAGCAUGCAGGACAGGCGGGCGGUGCUGGCCAGAAAGACGACUGGACCGAUGAGGAGACGCUAAAGCUCUUGGAGGGGCUGGAGAUGUACGAAGAGGACUGGGGCCUCAUUUCACUGCAUGUCGGUACGCGCUCGCGUGAACAGUGCAUUACCAAGUUUAUUCAGCUCCCGAUUCAAGAUGCCUACCUGGACGGCACAGCACAGAAGGAUCUUGGGGCGCUGCAGUACGCGCCGCGGGAUCCUGUGAGUGGCAAGGCUGUGCCCCUUGUGCCCUUUGCACAGGCGGAAAAUCCGGUCAUGAGCAUCGUGGCUCUGCUGGCCAGUGCGGUCAGCCCUGCUGUGGCGUCGGCUGCAGCGCAGAGCGCGCUGGGCACGCUGACGGACAGCAUCAAGUCGAAGAUCAAGGCCGCUGCGGCCUCCUCGGAGGCCGACGCCGAGCCAUCGUCUACCGCUGACCAGCCGACCACGGCGAUGGAGGUGGAGGCGCCUGUGAAGACGGAUGCCACCGACGAGGCUGCAUCGGCGCCGACCGCCCAGGCGGAGGACAGUGUGCCGCGCACGGAGGUGGAAAAGGCCGCAUCCAUCGCGCUAGGCUCCGCUGCGGCCAAGGCGUACGUGCUCGCGAGCCAUGAAGAGCGUGAAUGCCAGCGCCUGGUACAGCAUGUUAUUGAGCUGCAGCUGAAGAAGAUGCAGCUGAAGAUGUCGCAAUUUGAGGAGCUUGAGUCGUUGCUGGAAGCCGAGCGCCGUUCCAUCGAGGCGGGACGGAAGCAGCUGUACGCGGAUCGUCUGGCUGUCCAACGGCAACUGGCGGCUGUGAACGAGCUUCUUCGGAAGGCAAGUACAGCGCCUCAGACAGUACGACAGGACGAUCUUGUGCAUGCCAGCAGCGCCGUGAAUGGUGUCCCGCAGCAAGGUCCGGUCGUUCGUGAGGCACAGGCUGAGCCGCCCAAGGAUAGCGCUGUAGCUCGUGUAGACUAA